AUGACUGUACCGUAUAAAAGGAAACAUGACGCGGAUUCUUUAUUCGAUGCCAGAAAUGGUGGUGAAGGCGUGUCAGAAUAUAUGUCACAACUAUUGAUUAACUCAUCUGAUCAACCCAGAAAACGAAGAACAAUGACUCAAGCCCCUAGUAGAAAUGGACGUGAAAGUGCAUCAGAAACUGAAUCUAUUUCAGGUGCUGAUUCGGAUUCUGACGGGGAAUCAGAUGAUGAUGAAGACGAUGAGGACGACGACGAUGAUGAUGAGGAGGAGGAUGAUGAUGAUGACGUUGGUUCAGAUCCGGCUAAAGCGGGGGUUAUUGAGAAAUUAACUUUAAAGAACUUUAUGUGCCACGAUUCAUUUGAAUUGAAAUUGGGACCCCAGUUGAAUUUUAUUAUUGGAAGAAAUGGGUCAGGAAAGAGUGCAAUCUUAACUGGUAUAUCUGUAGGGUUAGGUGCCAAAGCAACUGAUACAAAUAGAGGAAGCACUAUCAGAGAUUUAAUCAAAGAUGGGAAAUCUACUUCUCGAAUCACAGUGGUUCUCAAAAAUGAAGGGUCAGACGCGUAUAAACCAGACGUUUUCGGGAAGAAAAUCAUUAUUGAAAGAAAAUUACAAAGAUCUGGUUCCAAUACAUACAGCAUUAAAAAUGAAGCAGGAAAAGUAGUGUCAAACAAAAAGAGUGUUUUGGAUGAGAUUCUUUACAAGUUUUCUAUCACCAUUGAUAAUCCACUCGCCUUCUUGUCUCAAGACAAAGCUAGAGAAUUCUUAACAUCAUCGAGUGAUAAAAACAAGUAUGAAUAUUUUAUGGAUGGGGCAUUUAUCACUGAUAUCCUUGAAAACUAUACAAGUAUUUCCAACAAUGUCCAAGUGUUGGAUAAUAAAGUCCGUCAAGCUGAAGAAUACACCAAGGUGGCUAAACAAGAAUACAAAGCAAUUGCCAAAGUUCAUAAUGCGCAUAGAACUAAUGAUGCAUUAAGAAACAAAUUGGAAAUGUUGAAUGCCAAAAUCUAUUGGUUCAAUGUUCAAACCAUCGAGAAAAAAAUUGAUCAAGAAAAUCGACAAAAAGACACUUGCUUGCAAGAAAUUGAGCAGGCCAAAAACCAGAUUGAUGUUUGUGAAAAAGAAAUUGAAGCAAAAAUUCCUCGAAAGGAUGCUGCUGAUCAGCAAGUUAAGGAAGUGGAAAGCCAAAUAAAAGAUAUAGUGGAAGAAUUUGAGGGACUUCGAAGCAAAAGAUCUGAGAUGAAAUCUGAGUUAGAAAUCAAUAAAAAGGAAACGAAAAAGAAUAUUGAUGAAAUGAAUAGUUUGAAAGAAGAUAUUACUAGGACCGAGACUAAGAUAGAACAGGAGAGAAGAAGAAUUCAAGAACUACAAGGGGGAAACAAGGAGAAAAUGGCUGAAGAAUUGGAAAAGUUAAACUCUGAAAUUGAUGAGUUGGAAAGUCAAUUGGAAAAUUUGAAAAAACAACUUGUGGAAAUGCAAGAUAAUCCUGAUCCCGAGUUGAGAUCUGUAAGUCAACAAAGGGAGAAAUCAAGACAGAAAAUUGCCGAUUUACAAAACCAAAAGCGUCAAUUAGAGAAAGAGUCUGUAUCAAAAUAUUCGCCUUGGGGUUCUCGUAUGGCUGAAUUGAUAAAAGCGAUUAAAAGACAUCCUGAUUGGGUGCAAGAGCCAAUCGGUCCUAUUGGUAGCUAUAUUCAUGUAAAGAAUCAAUACAAUAAUUGGAAACCUUUGUUAUCUACCAUUUUGAAUAAAACCUUGGAUUCAUUUAUUGUUACCAAUGAAGGUGAUAGAAGUAGGUUGGACAGAUUACUCAAGCAAUAUCAAAUACGUAGCAACAUUAUUGUCAAGAAAACAGAAAGAUUGAACUAUGCUUCCGGUAAAGCAGAUUCUGCAUUCACCACUGUUUUAGACAUGUUAAAUGUGGAAAAUGAUACGAUUUUGUAUGCUUUGAUUGAUAUAAAUUCCAUUGAAAAAAAUGUUAUAGUAGAAUCUGCCAGUGAAGCUAGAGAUUCAUGCAGGAGAAGAAAUGUCCAAAAUUCUUUAGUUCUUUUCAGAAAGGAUUCCGGUCAUAGAAUGAGUUAUCAAAACAACACCUUUAGACAAGAUCCUAUAUACUACCAAAAUGGAAUGGCCAAGUUUGGGGUCGCUAAUAUGUCAGAUUUGAUCAGUGAUCUACAACGUGAAUUGGAUGAAGAACAUAGACAUCAAAAUGAUUUAGAAAGACGGGCCAGAAGUAUAAAAAUGAAAUUGGAUGCCAAGAGAGAUAAUCUUGUAUCUGAAUCUCGUGCCAUCAAGAGAAAUUUAGAUCAAUUGAAAAGAAAUCGUAGUACUUUAGAGGAUCAAUUGGAAGUUGAAGUUGAUUAUUCAAAUAUCACCACAUUGGAAGCAAGAAUAGAAGACAAUAAUGAACAAAUCCGUAGAUUGGUUGCUUUGAACGAAGCAUUAUUAGAAAAUCUUUCUCAGAUGAAUGAAAAUUAUAAGGAUUUGAAACAACAAAUUGAAGAUUGCAAAUCCAAAAAAGUUAAACAUGAAACCAUUCGAGAAAAAUUUGUGAAACAGUUAGUUGAGAUUGAAACUGAAAUUGAAACCCAAGAGGACCUUAAAAAACGUUAUUUAUACAAGAUAACUGAAUUGGAAGAUAGAAUCAAAAGAGCUGACGAUAUACUUGCUGAAGGGAAUCGUAAAUUGGAAGAAUUUGUUGCCAAAGCUGAAGAACAUUGUAGCAGAGAUAGAGUUACCAUAUACCCUAAUGAUACCCAAGAGACGAUAGCACAAGAUUAUCAAGAGACUCGUUUUGAUUUGGAAAGAGCAGAAAGUGCUCUUGGAACUUCAUUGGAAGAAGUCUUGGACCAACUAGAAAAAGCAAAGGCAAAAUGUGACAAAGCCGAGGGGGAAUUAGAAUCUUUGAGUUCUGCAUCAAGAAAAUUAAAUGCAGAAGUUAAUGCUAGAUUCAAUUUCUUACAUACUAUAAUCCAAUCUUCAAUUCAAGAGGCAAAAAGAACUUUUGAAAAAGCCAUGUGGUUAAGAGGAUUCCAAGGUACUUUGAAAUUUGAUUUUGCCGAAAAAACAUUACAAUUGAAUGUACAAACUGGUAACGAUGAAAAGAAACGUACCGUGGAAUCAUUAUCUGGUGGUGAAAAAUCAUUUUCACAAAUUGCCUUAUUGUUAUCUAUUUGGAAAGUGAUGAAUUCUCGUAUUAGAGGUUUAGAUGAGUUUGAUGUUUAUAUGGAUUCAGUGAAUCGUUCUAUUAGUAUUAAAUUGUUAUUGAAAGAAUUAAAGAGAUAUCCAAAAUCACAGAAUAUUUUUAUUACUCCUCAGGAUAUUGCUGUUGUUGGAGAAUUAAAUGAUAAAGGAGUGAAAAUUCACAAAAUGUCUGCCCCUAGAGAGGAAUAA